AUGCGUGACAGCAUCCGUCGGCGCCCGGCGGCGUCCGUCGGUGCCCGGCGGCGUCCGUCGGCUCCCGGCGGCGUCCGUCGGCUCCCGGCGGCGUCCGUCGGCUCCCGGCGGCGUCCGUCGGCUCCCGGCGGCGCCCGUCGGCUCCCAGCGGCGUCCGACGGCAUCCAUCGGCCGCCUAAAAAAAUGAAUGAAGUCUUUUCGCUUUUUAAAUAUACAUCGUCUUCCACAUCACCAACAUUACGAUUGGUAAAUAUACUAUAUCGACAUGGUGAUAGAUCUCCCAGCACUACGUUCCCUACUGAUGAACACAAGGAAGACAGUUGGCCACAAGGAUGGGGCUGGCUUUCAAAAGUUGGAAUUGAACAGCAUUUUAAUCUUGGGAAAUUUUUACGAAAACGUUACAAUGGAUUCCUUAACUCAACUUACCUUCGAAAUGAAAUCAAAGUUGAAAGUUCUUCCACUGACCGCUGUUUGAUGAGUGCACAGGCUAAUCUUGCAGGAUUAUAUCCACCAUCAGAAGAACAAUUAUGGAAUAAAAAUAUUCGAUGGAUACCAAUUCCAGUGUUAACAAGAUCAAAAAAUGAAGACAAUAUGCUCAGCUUUUCACGGAGUUGUUCUAAAUAUUCACAACUCUAUGCCCAAAACUUAAAAAAUCAUGAAUUAAAACCAGAAGAAGUUAAAAACAAGGAAUUUUAUGAUUUUAUAUAUAAAAUGACGAAAUUAAGACCUGAAGGGCUGCGUAAGAUCUGGACUGUUGCAGAUGUUCUCUUUUGUGAGAAGACACAUAAUUACACUUUGCCAAAUUGGGUGAAUGAUACAGUCUUUGAGAGACUUCAAAAAAUAAGAGCUUAUAGUUUUUCUUUGAUGUUUGAAACUGAAGAAUUGGCAAAAUUUAAGGGAGGACCACUGCUGAAAGAAAUGAUAUCAAAUAUGAAUGCAAAAAAGUUAGGGACCAUUAACACAAAACUUUUCAUGUAUUCUGGGCAUGACACAACACUGGCUGCACUGAUGCACAGUCUGAAAGUUUUCAACAAUCUCAGCCCUCCUUAUACAGCAUGUCUCAUUAUGGAACUUCAUCAGAAAACUGAUGGAGAAUAUUUUAUCCGUUUGUUAUAUAAAAAUUCAACAACUAAUCUUAACAAUUACAUGAAAGAGCCACACCUUUUGACAAUUCCAGGUUGUACCACAAAUUGUCCAUACACUAAAUUUUUGGAACUGACCCAAAACAGUGUCCCUGUUGAUUGGGCCCGGGAAUGCCAACUAAAUGAAAGCAAACCAACAAGUGACAAAACAAACUCUGAAACACAAGAUCCUUCCAAAUUUUUAAGUGUGGACAGUGGUCACUGCAUGAGACAGACAACACAACCAGUGGCAGCACCAACACCAACUUGUUCUUGUCGUUGUUGA